AAUGUGGGUGAUUGAUGUGUUUUAUCAUUUCUCCACAUUAGUCUGUACAGCUUUCCAACUCCUUUAUGCACAAGAGCAUGGAGCUUCAUAUCCUGAAUAGCAAAGGACUCUAUAAACAUUGGUUGCAACAGACAAUCAGAUAGUUGACAUACUUGGCGGAACAAAACCAAAUAUAAAAACAUCAGUUUUAACUUUUAGUAGCGACACUAGGUGGAGCUGCAGGCUAAGGGGGAGACACUAUGGCUCUGCAGAUGGUUUUUUUUUAGCAACUGUGAAACAGACUGGAAGCCUGGGACAAAGGCAAAGGAAGGGACACUAUUAGCUGGAGCUGGGAAAAGAUACAAGUCUGGGUCCUGUGCUGCUCACGGACAGGUUUAGAACCUGGCAGAUCGAUGUGAGUUACAGAAUCCGGAUCUUAUUUGAGGUGGAGCCGGGCCAUUCAAGCUGAAAAGGAGACAGCCAAAGGAACAAUGGACCCCGAAAGGAAAGCAAUUCUACGGCAAAGGCAAGUCCUGUUUCUUGUUUUUUUGCUAUGGGUGUCUGAGGCUGACUGCGAGCUGGGGAGGUUUUCGGUGGCGGAGGAGAUUGAGAGCGGCUCCAUUGUGACAAACCUAGCAACGGCCCUAGGGUUAGAGUUAGGAGAUCUGGCAGCCAGAGGGGCCCGAAUCGCUUCCAAAGGAAACAAGCAGCAUUUGCAGCUCAAUCGAGAGACUGGAGAUUUGGUCCUAAAAGAGAAACUGGACCGGGAGGAGCUGUGCGGUUCCGCGGAACCCUGUCUGCUGCCUUUCCAGAUCUUACUGGAAAACCCUUUAAAGAUACUUCGGGCCGAGCUGCGGGUGGCAGACAUUAAUGACCAUUCGCCCGUGUUCCUAGAACCAGAGAUGCUCCUGAAAAUCCCGGAAAAUAGUGUUCCGGGUACCGUUUUGCCUCUAAAAAACGCCGAGGAUUUGGAUGUAGGAAGUAACACUGUGCAGAACUAUACCAUCAGCCCUAAUUCUCAUUUCCACCUUCAAACACUUAGCCGCAGUGAAGGCAGGAAAUUCCCAGAGCUGGUGUUGAUCAAAGCUCUGGAUCGUGAGGAGCAGCCCGAGCUCACGCUAACCCUUACGGCCAUAGAUGGUGGGUCCCCGCCCAGGUCUGGAAUGGCUCGCGUCCGCAUAGUGGUUUUUGACAUUAAUGAUAAUGCUCCUGUUUUUAUUCAACCUCGAUAUGAGGUUCGGAUCCCUGAAAACAAUUCCAUUGGCUCCCUGGUCGUCACCGUCUCUGCUAGAGACUUAGACGCUGGAAAUAACGGAGAAAUAUCGUAUUCGCUUUUUCAUAGUUCUGAGGAAAUUAUCAAAACUUUUGAAGUAAAUCCCAACUCAGGAGAUAUUCGACUCAGAAAAAAACUAGAUUUUGAGACAGUUCAACGGUAUGAGGUAGAUAUUGAAGGAACUGAUGGCGGUGGUCUUUCCGGGAAAUGUAUUGUAAUUGUUCAGGUGAUAGAUGUGAACGACAAUGUCCCUGAACUGACCGUGUCGUCAUUUACCAGCCCCAUCCCAGAGAAUGCUCCUGAGACUGUGGUGGCUGUUUUCAGUGUAUCAGAUUUGGACUCGGGAGAAAACGGAAGGUUGGUUUGCUCCAUUCAAGAAGAUAUCCCCUUUACUCUGCAACCUUCCAUAGACAAUUUUUAUACCUUGGUAAAAGAAGGAACGCUGGACAGAGAGAGUAAGGCCCAGUAUAACAUCACAAUUACUGUCACGGAUUUGGGGACCCCGAGGCUCAAAACCGUGCACAACAUCACGGUGUUCAUCUCCGAUGUCAAUGACAACUCACCAGUUUUCACUCAGACAGUAUAUACACUCUACCUCCGGGAGAACAAUAACCCUGCCUUCCACCUUGGCAGUGUCAGUGCCAAUGACAGGGACUCAGGGAUCAAUGCCAAAAUCACCUACUCACUGCAGCCUCAAGAACCUGAAAAUUUAUCCCUCUUUUCCUAUAUCUCCAUCAAUUCAGACAAUGGCCACCUAUAUGCUCUGAGAUCCCUGGAUUAUGAAGCCAUCCAAGCUUUCCAGUUCACUGUGAGAGCUACUGAUGGUGGUUCCCCAGCCCUGAGCAGCCAGACUCUGGUUCAGGUUAUGAUCCUAGAUGAGAAUGACAACUCUCCCUUUGUCCUGUAUCCUUUGCAAAAUGGCACAGCUCCCUGCAAUGACCUGGUGCCCAGGGCAGCAGAGCCAGGCUACCUGGUGACCAAGGUGGUGGCUGUAGAUGGAGACUCAGGGCAAAAUUCUUGGCUUUCUUACCAGCUCCUCAAGGCCACAGACCCAGGACUUUUCACUGUGUGGGCCCAUAAUGGGGAAGUACGAACAUCUAGGCCCAUCAGUGACAGAGAUGCCAUCAAGCAGAGGCUCCUGGUGCUGGUGAAAGACAAUGGGCAGCCACCUCUGUCCACAGCAGCCACGCUGAACGUGCUUCUGGUGGAUGGAUUCUCUGAACCAUAUGUAAAGCUCCAAGAAUUUAACAAGGAGCCAGUCCAGACUGAUUCUCUCACUCUCUACUUGGUCAUUUCUUUGGCUUCUAUCUCUUUUCUCUUCCUAUUCUCUAUCAUCUUGUUCACAGUAUUACACCUAUGGAGUAAGAAAAGAGAUGCUUCAGACAACAGCCACUUGGGCCCCAGUGGUCCCUUCCCAGGCCAUUUGGUGGAUGUCAGUGGCACAGGGACACUGUCCCAUAGCUACCAGUAUGAGGUGUGUCUGACCAGUGGUUCUGGGACCAGUGAAUUUAAGUUCUUGAAGCCAGUUAUUCCCAGUUUCCCUGCUCACAGUGAUGGGAUGGAUUCAGAGGAAAUUGCUACCUUUCAGAAUACCUUAGGAUUUAGUUAG